CUGGUCAACAGCUGAUUGUCUCUGCCCCAAAAAAAAUCAACAGACAAGAGAAGACAAAAAGCAGCAAACAAAAAUCAGCGAUAAAUCAAAGGACAACAACAAUAACAAAUGAGCGCUCUCUUUCGCAGCUUAAACAAUUUUUCUUCGAAGCGUGAGAAUGUCAUAAAAGAGGCGUUGAUCAACACACUCAACGAGAAUGCGCGAGAAAUCGAAUUCGAAGUCAAGCAGAAAGGAUUGGAGGUGCUUGGAUUGUGUGAACAAACAAGUGCACUAUGCACCACAUUGGAAGCAGUCUUUCUGCACGGCCUCAAGGACUCGUUUUUGUGGGCCACCCUCAAUGUGAUUGCAGGCGAUGUGGAGCGACGCCCAGAGCCCAGUUUUUGGUCACCAGCAAUGGUGUUCAUGCACAAGCAGGUGAUCGAACAGAUCCAGGGCUUGAGCCAGAUCACCUCGGAGAUUGGACAAUGCCGUGCUUGGGUGCGACAGUCGCUCAACGAUUGUGUAUUCUCCGCCUACUUGAAUAACAUGCGCAAGAAUGGUUCGGCCUUGAAGCCGUACUAUAAGAAUACGGCACUGCUGAAGGACGCCGAAGGUUUAGAGACGGCGGCCAAGAUUAUGGAGAGUCUGGAGGCAUAUGUUGGCUUCGAUUUGCCCGUCAACUCCAGCCUAUUGAAUCAAUGGCCCGACUAUGCUCUGCAAUUGUCUGAUUUGUGGACGCCAGCGCUCAAAUCGUGUCCAAUCAGCAGUGGAGUGGAUGUGGCCAGUUCAUUGGUUACGGAAAUCGUGGCUAUUCCCACGCCACAACCCCUGCAGACCAAUGAACUCUUCUCGGAAUCGAUUUCCAAUAGCCCCUUCAGUCGUGGCGGACACUUUGGAAAUGCAGAUCUCAAUCAGCACGAGAUGCUGGACUUGUUCAUGCAGAAGGUGGAUGAAAUGGACAUCAUUGAUGAGGAGAAGACUCAGCCACAGGCAGCAGAAGCAGCGAGCACAGCCGAUGAAGCCAACGCUGAGCCAGCUUCGAGCAGCAAGCAACGUGUGCGAAAGCGAUCCAUGCGACACAUUGAGGAAACAUUCGCCGAGUUGCCACAUGGCAGCAAUUCGCUUACUAAUCUAAUGCAAACCUCUUGGUCUGGUGAUUUGGAUGCAAAUUCGCCCACCGAUGAAGUAUCCGCUUCACGUUUCUUUCAGCGCUCUGUAAGCAUGACCAGCUCCGUCAGUUUGCGUUCCCCUAAUACAGAGCGUUGCAGCUACAAUGCGCUGCUGCGUAAGCAUGAGAACAAUCGCGAGGAUGGCGCUGGCUGGUCACAGAUCUGGGAGAAGUUUCGCGCCAGUGCAUCCACAUUGAAUGUGGCACAGCAGCCGCAGCAGCAACGCGAAGCUGAUUCCCUUCAAGCUGAUGACUUGAGUGAUCUGCAAUCGCUGGACACCAACUCGGACUUUGAGCUGAUUACGUCCAACUUUGAUAUGGCCGAGCUGCAACAAAUGGUGGCACAAUUAUGCCAACUGCCUCGCGAGCCUGGACUAAAUGCGCAGGGUUUUCUUUGCCGUGGCUGUCAGCAUCCACUUGGCAUUGGCGACAACAAUUUCCAAGUUUGCGCAUUUAGUGGCAGCUACUACUGCAACGGUUGCAUGGAGUCGGAAAUUCAACUUAUUCCUGCUCGCAUCAUCUACAACUGGGAUUUCCGCAAGUACAGUGUCAGCAAACAUGCUGCCACCUUUCUCGCAGAGUUCCGUUCACAGCCCUUUCUGGACAUGCAGCUGCUUAAUCCAAGCAUUUACUUUGCCUCCGAGGCCAUGGCGGAAUUGCAGUCGCUACGCAUUCGCUUAAAUUUCAUACGUGCCUAUUUGUACACUUGUGCUCCAGCUAGCAUUCAACUGCUGCAGAAUCAUUUCUGUGGCCGCGAAUAUCUCUAUGAGCACAUACACCAAUACUCCAUUGCUGAUCUGGCACUGAUACAACGCGGUGUGCUGUGUCAGCAACUGCAGAAGGCCUUCAAGCUGGGCGAAUCGCAUGUGCUCAAGUGUCGUCUAUGUCAGCUGAAGGGUUUCAUCUGUGAGAUGUGCAAGAGUCCACGAGUGCUCUAUCCGUUUCACAUAGCAACAACGUUUCGGUGCCUCACUUGUGGAGCUGUGUUCCAUGCCGAGUGCCUUAACGAACACCAGCCAUGCCCCAGAUGCGAGCGUCGUCGUAAGCGUGAGGAUCAACCACUGCAGGAGGCUGUGCAGGAUUUAAAGCUCAAGCAUCAAAAUAAUUAGAGGGCCAUUUAGUUUGUAAGCAUCAAAGUGCGAUUGUUUACAUUGUUUCCCCCCAAAAA